GCAGAGAAGCCAGGAGCUCUCCAGAUGGCUAGGGAAAGUGUUUGUCUUGGGUUACUGCAGGGCAGUCUGGACUCUUAAAGCAGGCAGCCUUGGGAAGGCAUCAUUAGGGAGCAAGUUACAUGUCCACCCAGUAAAAGAGAGAGAAAGAAAGAAAGAGUAGGCAGACUGCCCAAGAGGGACUGUGCUCGCCUAUUGUUAACAUAUACUUGACCCUCACUAACCUCCUCACGACACAGAUGUCUCCUACCUCUAUCACCUCCCACUGCUUUAAGCCCUCCCCCCCUGCACCUGGGUAGCUGAGCCAGGCCGGCUGCUUGCAGUAUGCUGUUUGACUUUAGAGGUGGCUGGUAGCAGAGGGAGAGACACAGACACAGCGGAGUCUUUCUGCGGGCGGAUCUGCACAGACAUUGCAUGGAGCUUCUCUUCCAAGGCAGACACAAGGCAGUCCUGCAAAUCUAUGCAUCGCCGUCUUAGAGAGAGAGAGAGACAGAGACACCACCACUGACAGUAGCAAUUCCCUAUACUCCAGAUCACAUUUGUCUGCAGCAGCAACAGAAAGGGACCUGGGCAUUAAUUAUCUACUUUGUUUUAUUUGUGGUUCUUGCUCCUUUCCCCUGGACCCAGUCGUCUCUCUCGCACUGCUUUGACAAGCGGCUGGAGUUCCUUUUCGGCUCGUUUUGACUUUUUGUGGACGUGGAUCAGCUGGACUGGAAGGGAAGCUGCAUUGCACUGCAUUCCCCUCUCCCACUCCCUCUGCCCUCCAGCAGCCUGGGCUGGCGGCUCUCCCCCAAGGAGGACGGGAACUUUUAUUUUCAGCUCACAGCCUGUGGCGAAUGGUGGGACUCUCCGGUCCUUUUCAGUAAAAGAUUGAUCUCUGGGCUGGUGAACAUAAUAUCUGUCCCAGUCAGAAAAGGAGAGAGGAAAUUAGCAGAGCGAUUGGUGGAGAAUGAUAUCUGUCAAAAGAAACACUUGGAGAGCACUGAGUUUAGUGAUAGGUGACUGCCGGAAAAAAGGGAACUUUGAAUUUUGUCAAGAUCGCACUGAGAAGCAUUCCACAAUGCCAGACUCACCCGUGGAUGUGAAGACGCAAUCCAGGCUGACGCCUCCAACAAUGCCACCUCCUCCCACUACCCAAGGAGCUCCAAGAACCAGUUCAUUCACACCCACAACGUUAACCAAUGGCACUAGCCAUUCACCAACAGCAUUAAAUGGAGCUCCAUCUCCACCUAAUGGCUUUAGCAAUGGGCCAUCAUCUUCCUCUUCAUCCUCUCUGGCUAAUCAGCAGUUACCACCAGCUUGUGGAGCAAGGCAACUCAGCAAACUGAAGAGAUUUCUUACAACCUUACAGCAGUUUGGCAAUGACAUUUCACCAGAGAUUGGGGAGAGAGUACGUACCCUUGUGCUAGGACUUGUGAAUUCUACUUUGACAAUUGAAGAAUUUCAUUCCAAACUGCAAGAAGCUACUAACUUCCCACUGCGACCUUUUGUCAUCCCAUUUUUGAAGGCCAAUCUGCCCCUGCUGCAGCGGGAGCUCCUGCACUGUGCAAGGCUGGCCAAGCAGAAUCCCGCCCAGUACCUCGCUCAGCAUGAACAGCUGCUUCUGGAUGCCAGCACCACCUCACCUGUUGACUCCUCAGAGCUGCUUCUCGAUGUGAACGAAAACGGGAAGAGGCGAACUCCAGACAGAACCAAAGAAAACGGCUUUGACAGAGAGCCUUUGCACUCAGAGCAUCCAAGCAAGCGGCCCUGCACUAUUAGCCCAGGCCAGCGGUACAGUCCAAAUAAUGGCUUAUCUUACCAGCCCAAUGGUCUGCCUCACCCCACCCCACCUCCACCUCAGCAUUAUCGUUUGGAUGAUAUGGCCAUUGCCCACCACUACAGGGACUCAUACAGACACCCCAACCACAGGGACCUCAGGGACAGAAACAGACCUAUGGGGUUGCAUGGCACACGACAAGAAGAAAUGAUUGAUCACAGGCUAACAGACAGAGAAUGGGCAGAAGAAUGGAAACACCUUGACCAUCUGUUAAACUGCAUCAUGGACAUGGUGGAAAAAACCAGGCGAUCUCUCACUGUACUACGGCGAUGUCAAGAAGCGGACCGUGAAGAGCUUAAUUAUUGGAUACGGCGGUACAGUGAUGCAGAGGAUUUAAAAAAAGGUGGUAGCAGCAGCAGCCAUUCCAGACAGCAGAGUCCAGUGAAUCCAGAUCCAGUCCCAUUAGAAUCACAUCGGGAAUUCCUUCAUAGGCCUGCUUCUGGAUAUGUGCCAGAGGAGAUCUGGAAGAAAGCUGAGGAAGCAGUCAAUGAAGUAAAACGUCAGGCGAUGACAGAGUUGCAAAAGGCAGUGUCAGAGGCAGAACGGAAAGCCCACGACAUGAUCACUACAGAGAGAGCUAAAAUGGAGCGCACUGUUGCAGAAGCCAAGCGACAGGCUGCAGAGGAUGCAUUAGCUGUUAUCAAUCAACAGGAAGAUUCAAGUGAGAGUUGCUGGAACUGUGGC